UUCAUUACUACGAGAAUCUUUACGGCUGAGUUCGGUUGUGUCUUUUACUAUUCACGUUUUGAUUCCAUAGUGGCUGGUGUUGGUUGUGGAGUUGAGGCCAACCUUGCUUACUGGGGAAUCAGAAAGGUUUCUUCUACAAGAUUUCGACAAGCUAAUGGAUUAAUAUGUUUUUCAUAUUUGGAUUUAAAUACUGGGUUGGUGAUGUUGUGCUUGUUGAAGAUGAGAGAGUGAUGGAGAAUGAUUUUAAAAUGCUUAGACAUGAGACUCUGGUAGGAUACAGAGUUGUAACACCAGGACAUCGAAACAUUGGGAAGGUGCGAGGUUAUACUUUCAACAUUAAUUCAGGGGCUGUUAAAUCUCUUGAGCUGGAUUCUUUUUGGGAUAUCCAUCAUUCCAUCAAGUGAGCACUUAUGCAUUGGUUGUUGAAGAUGUGCUGGAAGUUAUUGCUGACAUAGUAGUUGUUCAUGAAGCUGCAGCCUCACGCAUACAGAGGGUUUCUGGGAUGCCAAGAAUGCUGGUAUUUCCAUAGAUGAGCACACAGAAUAUGCUGAUGAUGAAGGG